AUGCAUUUGCGACUGGUUUUAGAUCGACUUAGAGAAACUGGUUUGACCGUGAAUUUUGCCAAGUGUAAGUUCGGCUGUUCCGAGAUCGAGUUCCUUGGGCACGUUAUUAGUGCAAAGGGUUUACGUCCUCCGGAGAGUAAAGUUCAAGCUGUUCGUGAUUUUCCUCUGCCAGCAACGGUGAAACAGCUUAGACAAUUCUUAGGCAUGGUGAACUUUUAUCGGCCGUUUCUGCGUAACGCUGUGCAGAAUCAGCAGCGGUUGUUUCAUCUUACACCAGGUAACCGCAAGAAUGAUAAGUCGGUAAUUUCUUGGACUCCAGAAGAUGUAGAGGUUUUUGAGGCUUGCAAGAAUGAUCUUGCCCAAGCUACGUUGCUUAACUUCAUGGCUCUGGAUGCACAAUUGACGCUCACGACUGAUGCUUCAGACGUUGCGGUGGGUGCUGUUCUCCAACAAGUAGUGAAAGGUGUGACUCAGCCAUUGGCAUUUUAUUCAAAAGGUUUGAGUCCAGCGCAGACUAAGUAUAGUGCCUAUGAUCCAAAUGGUAUGGUUGAACGUUUCCAUAGAACAUUGAAGGCAGCCAUUCGAUGUCAUUCCUCAAGUAAUUGGACGCAGUCUCUUCCGCUUGUGUUGUUGGGAUUGCGAACGACACCGAAGCUAGACCUAAAUGCUAGUCCUUCAGAGAUGUUGUUUGGAAAUCCUCUUUGUGUUCCAGGGCAGAUGCUUUCGGAUUUCAAGCAGAAGUCGUCCGAGACUGAUUUUGUGUCGGCGUUGCGAAGGGCUUUAGCUAAGGUUAAAUCCGUUGAAUCAACAAGACAUUGUCAUCCAUCUGUGUAUGUUCCGCGGGACGUUAUUAAUUGUAAGCACGUUUUUCUUCGAGUGGAUCGUGCUCGAGCUCCACUUGAGCAGCCUUACGAAGGUCCAUUUGAGGUGCUGAGUCGUAAUGAGAAGACGUCUGUUAUUGUUUGCCGUGGGAGAGAGGUGACUGUUUCGAAUGAUAGGUUGAAGGCGGCGUACUUAACGUGUGAUGAUCUUGAACAGGUUGUUCCAGAAACGCGUCAGCCUUCAGCGCUGUUGAAUGGUGAUCAGUUAGUGACUUCUGGUGAUUGUAGGCGUGAAUCCCUGUUGCCGAUUCCGAAAGUGACACGAGCUGGUAGAGUAGUGCGUUUCCCAGCAAG